AUGUGGUACCUUUCGGCCAACAUCAAGACACCUAUUGGGGGUAAAGUGGUAUUGGGUCAAGUAUGUUGCUUUUCUGAGAUUGAGGUCACAGAUAGUCGGCUCUUUUUCGAUUUCAUUGUUCUUGAUAUACAUGCUUUUGACAUAAUUCUAGAUAUAGAUUGGUUAACUUAUUACUGGGCUUCGAUAAAUUGCCUUCGUAAAAGGGUAUCAGUGAGCACACCAUCAGAAUGGUGCUUUUACUUUAUGUGUGACCGGGGUAAUAGUUCUAUUCCUCCGUUGUAUGACCUUAAGGGUCAAGAAGAGUUGAGUUUUCUUUUUGCCAUCUCGGUAGCUGAUGAGAGUAGUAGUACAGUUCAGAGUGAAUUUCCGAGAGUAGUUCAAGAGUGUCCAGAUGUCUUUUUAGAAGAUCUUACAAAGUUACUACCACACGGAGAGAUUGAAUUCUUUAUUGACUUAGUGCCAGGCAUGACUCCGAUUUUCAUGGCACCAUAUAAGUUGCACCAACCAAGUUGUGUGAGUUGA